AUGCGUCUCACUGAAAUCCUCACCCUCGACCUCCCACCCGGCUUGUCGAUCGCCGAUCUCAAGGCCUUUGUCAACGCUGAGACCGACCUGCCUCAGGACGGGCAACAGUUCUACUUCAAUAAUACCCCUAUACAAGGCGACAGCAAGACUCUCGAAGAGGCGGGUAUCAAGGAUGGCGACAUGCUAGCUAUGCUGAUGCGGCAGCCUGACCAAGCGAACAAUCAGCAAGGCAAUAUGGGCGCACAGCGAAGACAGCAACAGCGGCGGCAGCCUGCGGGUCGAGCAGCCGGAGGUGCACAAACGGGUACACAUGAGAUUGAGACGGCGAGGCUGAAUAUCCUUGGCAAUCCUGCUGCGAUGGCACAAGUGAGAGAGCAGAGACCGGCGUUGGCAGAGGCUAUCAAUGAUAGCAAUCGUUUUCGGGAAGUGUGGAUGGAGAUGACACGGGAGGACGAGGGACGAGAGCAAGAGAGACAAGAGCAGAUGCGGCUACUGAACGAAGACCCAUUCAACGUGGACGCGCAACGCAAGAUCGAGGAGAUGAUACGGCAGCAGUCUGUGCAGGAGAACUUGCAAUUCGCGUACGAGCAUAACCCCGAAGUCUUCGGCCGCGUAACCAUGCUCUACAUCCCCGUCCUUGUCAAUCGCAACCCAGUAAAAGCCUUCGUCGACUCCGGCGCCCAAACCACGAUAAUGUCGCCCUCCUGCGCCGAAGCCUGCGGCAUCAUGCGUCUGAUCGACAAACGCUACUCCGGUGUAGCCAAGGGCGUCGGAACCGCCGCGAUCCUCGGACGAGUACACGCGGCAGACAUCAAGAUCGGGAGCGCGACGAUGAGUUGUUCUUUCACGGUCAUGGAGGGGAAAGAUGUGGAUCUCCUGCUUGGACUGGAUAUGUUGAAGAGGUAUCAGGCGGUUAUCGAUCUGAGGGUCAAUAAGCUCGUGUUUGGUGAUGGGAACGAGGUUAGCUUUUUGGGGGAGGCGGAUAUCCCGAAGGCGUUUGAGGAGGCUAUGAUGAAUGAACCGACUGUGUCUGGACCUAAUGGAACGGAGAUCGGGGCGGAGACUGGGACUGUGCGCCAGGGUACCUCUUCGUCCACCUCCGGCAAAGCAGCAGCGUCAUCAUCACCCAAUGGCGCCUUUUCUGGUUCCGGCCAAGCUCUCGGAGGCGGCUCUGCUGCUGCUGCAUCAAGAACGUCGAAUGGACCUGUGACUCAUGCGGCUACGCCCACUGCUCAGCGACAAGCCGCUCCGCCAGCAGCUAGUAGUCAUCCUAAGGAAGCCAUCGAUCAGCUGGUGAGCCUGGGGUUCGAGCGAAAUCAAGCUAUUACGGCGUUGGACGCGUGUGGUGGGAAUGUGGACUAUGCGGCCAGCCUGCUUUUCCAGUCAUAG